UGCACCCCAGCCACAUGCUCACUGAGCCAUCUCCACUGACCAUGAGGCUGUCACUGCCACUGACACUGCUGCUGCUGGGAGCCUGGGCCAUCCCGGGGGGCUCUGAGGACAGGGCCCCACUCACAGCCACUGCCCCACAGCUGGACGAUGAAGAGAAGUACUCAGCUCAUAUGCCUGCUCACCUGCGCUGUGAUGCCUGCAGGGCAGUGGCCUACCAGAUGUGGCAACAUUUGGCAAAGGCAGAGGCCAAACUUCCCACCCCUGACUCAGGCGGGCGGCGGUGGGAGCUGAGUGAGUCGGUAUACAUAGAUGUCCUGGACAAGAGCUGUUCCCAGAGCUGGCAGGGCUAUGGGGUUCGAGAAGUGAACCAGGUGAAACGUCUCACAGGCCCAGGACUCAGUAAGGGGCCAGAGCCAAGCAUCAGUGUGAUGAUCACAGGGGGCCCCUGGCCCACCAGGCUCUCCAUGACAUGUUUGCACUACCUGGGCGAGUUUGGAGAAGACCAGAUCUAUGAAGCCCACCAACAAGGCCAAGGGGCUCUGGAGGCAUUGCUGUGUGGAGGACUGCAAGGGGCCUGCUCAGAAGAGGCACCUGUCACAAGGACGGAGCUCUAGUUCAACUCCUUCCCCUUCCUGGUCAGGCCCUGAGGAGAGCUGCGGUGCCCUCUGGAUUUGCCCCACUCCUCUCUGCAGGCUACCUGGAGGGCAGGGGGGCCAUGCUUUUCCAUGCUGCCAUGCCCCCUCCCUCCUUCCAGCUUUAGGACAUUGG